UGUUUUUUAGGGUUGUCCCAAACCAUGUGCAUAUAAGACAUGUUUAUUGUGACUCCGGGUGUCAAGAACUAUUUUGAAGCACAGUAGUUCAGAUUUAACUUUUGGGGGGCAUCAAUCAAUUACAAGACUACCUAGAUGCUUACCUAGCUUUGGCUUUUUGUUUUUCUCUAUCUUUGCAGCGUUCCAUAUUUCCAUAAGGUUCUCAAAUUUUUUUCAGUGUAAAACCAUAUAUAACCAAACGUUCCUCAGUUUAAAUUUCUUACCUAUUCGUUUCUUUUCUUCUCUAGCUCCUCACAUCCUUACUUGGCAGCUUUCCUUUCCUAACAAGUUUGCAUGCUUAAUGGCUUCCUCUGCAUCUAAAUCAGUAUCCACAAAAAAGCUAAAAGAGCAUCUUCAAGAGGCACAAGAGCCUUUUAGUUUAGGAAUUUACCUUUCCGAACGAGAAUACAUGAUGAACUGCUUGAGCUUUACCAGUAAAACCAGCUGCUGCCUCAUGAGCUCACUUACAAAUCUGAAGAGACCAUGCAAUAAUGGCAUCAACAAGAAAAAGAUUGCUGAUGCUAUAAGGUACCUGAAGUUAAUUUUAUACAGGAUCAGCUCUCCUGGCGAUGCCCAGGAGUUGUCAAAUUCCAGCAGUUCCAGUGGAGAUGAACUUGUUUCUGAGAAAACCCAGCAGAGACAGCAGAUUCCGAAAACAGAUUGUAUAGAUCUUUUAACUUCACCUUGUCCCCUGUUUGAAUACAGCUUUGAAGAAGAUUCUUUGCUUUCAAAACAUCGAGAUGGCUCCCUUCUCACAAAAGUUACUCAAGCCUUUAACCUUGGAAAUUUGAAACAAAAAGAGAAUAGAUUGUUAAGGAGAGAAACCCUCAGUGGGUAUGCAAAAGAAACAAGAAGCUAUACAGCCCAGCAUCAGUACUACAAGUAGUUUCAUCCAACCAAGGUGAACAAAAUCUAUUGAAAC